AUGGCAUUUGCUGGAUUAAAGAAACAGAUAAACAAAGCAAAUCAGUAUGUCACUGAAAAGAUGGGAGGUGCUGAGGGCACUAAACUCGACUUGGAUUUCAUGGAAAUGGAACGUAAAACUGACGUUACCGUUGAACUUGUUGAGGAAAUACAAGCCAAGACGAAAGAGUAUUUACAACCAAAUCCAACUGCUCGAGCAAAAAUGAUUGCUGUUAAAGGAAUUUCAAAACUUUCUGGACAGGCAAAAUGUAAUACUUAUCCACAAGCAGAGGGUGUCUUAGCUGAUUGCAUGUUGAUUUAUGGUAAACGAUUGGGUGAAGAUCAGAGUCUUUUUGCACAAGCACUUGUUGAAUUUGGGGAUACUUUAAAACAAAUGGCGGAUGUUAAGUAUGCUCUCGAUGAUAAUGUAAAACAGAACUUUUUGGAACCACUUCAUCAGUUACAGAUGAAGGAUCUUAAGGAAGUUAUGCAUCAUCGUAAAAAAUUACAAGGUCGUCGUUUAGAUUUCGACUGUAAGAGGCGUCGUCAAGCACGAGGUGAUGAUGAAAUAAAGAGUGCCGAGGAAAAAUUCGCAGAAUCAUUACAGCUCGCUCAAAUUGGAAUGUACCAUUUGUUGGAAAAUGAUAUUGAACAAAUAUCACAAAUGGCAUAUUUCGCUGAAGCUUUGCUCGAUUAUCAUCAACAAUGCACAGAAAUAUUACGAGGAUUAGUGGAGAAUAUGCAACAAAAACGAGAAGAAGCAGCUUGUCGUGAAAAAACAGAAUUCACCCCUAAAACACUACAAGAUUUGGUAGUUGAAACUGAAGGUGAUGGAUUUUCCGGCUCAGGCUCCGGAACCCCAAUAAAGCCCAAUCAUUUGGAAAUUAUGGGCAAUGGCAGUACCCAGCGUUCAACUAAUGCGUCUCCUUUACCAAGUCCAAUGCGAAGUCCUGCAAAGCCUCCACAGCCAUCACAACAGCAACCAUGCUGUGUAGCAUUAUACGAUUUUGAUCCUGAAAAUCCAGGCGAACUUGGUUUCAAAGAAAACGACAUAAUUCAGCUUUUACAACGUAUUGAUGAAAAUUGGUUCGAGGGUAAAGUAAACGGAAAAUCUGGCUACUUUCCACAGACAUACGUUGAAAUAAAAGUUCCACUACCUUAA